GACAAGUUCCCUUUGAUAAAGAGAGUCUUACAUUAACAUAAGAGUCAUGACUUUAAUAUAAGAAUUAGUACUGUAUAUUCUAUGUAGAAAUUUGGUGCAGCUAUGCAUUUUUUUGUCUUACUUUUUGUGAUCCUUCUAUGUAUCCACCAGUCUCUUGGAAUAGAUAUGAUCUCCGUAAAUCACUCCAUUUUUGGAAACCAAACUAUAAUCUCUUCAGGUGAAAACUUCGAGCUAGGAUUCUUCAAACCAGGUACGUCGAAAAAAUAUUAUCUUGGUAUAUGGUACAGGAAUGUAAUUCCACAAACCGUAGUUUGGGUAGCAAACAGGGAGAAGCCACUUUCUGCUACUGAUAUGAUGUCCGCCGAGUUGAAAGUUUUAGAUGGCAAUUUAGUGCUUAUUACUGAAUCCAAAAGCUUGUUUUGGUCCACAAAUAUCAGCUCCACCAGCUCAAAUUCACUAGUAGCAACUAUUUCUGAUGAUGGUAAUUUGAUUUUUAGUGAUGGAUUAAACUCAACUCCUCCACUUUGGCAAAGCUUUGAUCACCCGACUGACACAUGGUUGCCAAAUGCUAAAACGAAAUAUGACAAGCGUUCUAAUACUACAAAAAAAAUUAUUUCUUGGAAGAAUUCAGAGGAUCCUUCUCCGGGAUUUUUUUCCGUAGAGAUGGAUCAGAGCAAUAGACAGUUCCUCUUAAAGUGGAACAGGACUGAAAUGUACUCAGCUACUGGACCUUGGAACGGGCGAAUUUUCAGCUUGAUGCCUGAAAUGAGUUUGAAUUCUCAGAGAUACAAUUUUAGUUAUGUUGAUAAUGAAAAUGAGAGCUAUUUUAUGUAUUCUGUAAGCAAUUCUCACAAAAUUAGAUUAACACUAGAUGUCUCAGGGCAAAUCAGGCAUCUGAUUUGGGUGGAAACUUUGAUGGAAUGGCAACUUUUUACAACUCAACCAAGACAACCUUGCGAGGUUUAUGCUAGUUGUGGUGCCUUUAGCAUUUGCAAUAAGGAGUCCGCGUCCUUUUGUAAUUGCUUGACCGGUUUCACACCUAGAUCUGAUGCAGAAUGGGACUUGAAUGAUCAUUCCGGUGGUUGUGUAAGGAGGUUAAGCUUGCAGUGUGUUGCUGGUAAAACAAAGGGCGGUUUUUUGAGGAAUUCCAAGGUGACAUUACCUGAACAUUCUCAAACUGUUACAGCUUCUAGUGCUGAGGAAUGCCAUUCUAUUUGCUUGAAUGAUUGUUCCUGUAAUGCCUAUGCUUAUGAUACCAGUGUGUGUUCAAUUUGGAACGAUGAAUUGUUGAAUCUAAGGAAACUCUCACCAGAAGAUGGCGGUGGAAGUGUAAUCUAUACCAGACUUAACGCCUUGGAUCAAGCACUCGGUGAAGUUUCGAAAUCAGGCCAAUUGUCCGUGAAGCUUAAAGUUAUCAUUUCUGUUGUGGUAGUCCUUGCAGUUGUAGCUUUAUGCAGCUUUAGUUACAUAUAUUAUAGGAGAAAGAUGGCAAAGAGAAAAGCAAACCAACAAAGCACAGAAGGGAAUCCAGUGCCGCAUUGGACAGAAAGAGAAGCACAAAACUUGAUUUACGAAAAUGAUAAGCAAGAUAUCGCUGUUCCAUUCUUUCGUUUGGAAAAAAUAUUAGCAGCCACAGAUAAUUUCUCAGAUGCACAAAAGCUUGGACAAGGAGGAUUUGGUCCUGUUUAUAAGGGUAUAUUCUCAGGUGGACAAGAAAUUGCUGUAAAAAGGUUAUCAAGUCAAUCUAGACAGGGCAUUGGCGAAUUCAGGAACGAAGUCAUACUGAUUUCCAAACUUCAACAUAGAAAUCUAGUCAGACUUUUAGGCUACUGUAUCACAGGGUAUGAACAGAUUCUACUUUACGAGUAUAUGCCAAACAAAAGUCUAGACACCUUCAUAUUCGAUCAAACGCUUAGCAAGUCAUUGAAAUGGAAAAAGCGAUUUGAUAUCAUAUCAGGAAUUUCUCGAGGGCUUCUCUAUCUUCAUGAAGACUCGAGACUGAGAAUUAUUCAUAGAGAUCUGAAAACAAGUAACAUUCUGUUGGAUCAAGAAAUGAACCCAAAAAUAUCAGACUUUGGCUUGGCAAGGAUUGUUGAAGAAAAAACAACAGAAGCAAAUACCAAGAAAGUGGUUGGAACUUAUGGAUAUAUGUCUCCUGAAUACGCAUUGGAGGGGUUAUUCUCGAUCAAGUCAGAUGUAUUCAGCUUAGGAGUAGUUAUACUGGAGAUAAUAACAGGAAGGAGAAACACCGGGUUUUAUCAAUCUAAAGAGGCUUCAAACCUUUUAGGCUAUGCAUGGAAUUUCUGGAAAGAAGAACGGGCACUACAUUUGCUGGAUCAUUCAUUGCUCGAAUCAUGCAACCCGAAAGAGGCAAUGAAGUGCAUAAACGUUGGACUGUUAUGCGUGCAAGAAGAUCCAGGUGAUCGUCCUACUAUGUCAAAUGUAGUAAUGAUGCUUCGCAGUGAAAGUAUGCCUAUUCCAAAACCUAAUCAACCAGCUUUCGUAUCAAGGAAAUAUGUUUCUAAUGUAUCUCCGGCUUUAUCAGCUAAGCCACACAGCUCCUCUAAAGUUGAGUUGACAAUCACAAUGGAAGAAGGCCGAUAGUGUGAUGAAUUUAUUAGUUUUUAAAAUGAGUUAAUCUCUUAUCUUCUUCCACUGUCAAACAAGUGAAGAACAAGUAGAUGAAAUAUUAUUUUCACCUUAGACCAAAAUACAGAAGUGAGAACCAUGUCUUUUUCUUUUACCAUUUUGUUGUAGUUAAGGCAGUAGCAGACCAGGAGCACAAGCAAUGUUUAUAGUUACAGUUACAAAUAGUA